UCUGGAGCAGUGGAGGAAGCCCGGUGCGCCUCGUAUGUUUUUCUUGUGCUCACCUCGUUGGUUUUUACGGCGGAUGCACGCUGGUAUCACAACAUCAGAGCUCGCCGAGGGCGCGCGGAAAGUUCACCACAAAGUCUGUGUGUGUGUGUGUGUGUCUGUGUGUGUGUGUGUGUGUGUGGUUUGACGCUCAUGUGUGCUCAGUCUGUCUAAUAGAGUGACCCCCCAGCGCGCUGUUUAAAGGGAAGACAAGAGAGCUGAGUCAACGAAUCACAAGGAGAAGGAUGCAACAGUUGAUGUGCGCGAGUUGCAGUUUCCGUGCAUUUGGAGGCACGCGGAGGAUGGUGGCUUUGAUCUGUGUGGAGCAAAGAGUGGAUGUUUUGCUGCUUUAUUAAAACCCCUCAGCUGUCAGAUUAAACACAAAGACCCACGCGUUUAGUUCGAGGCUGUCCACUCGCGCGUCUUUCCUGCACCAAAAUGGACAUUUGGACAGACCCGCAUUUGGAGGGACUUCAUGCUCUGCUGGAAUGAAGUUGGAGCGGGGACUUGGGAUGGUCUGCGGCGGCGAGUAGCAGCGCAGUCUUGCACCAACAUGCAUCGGAUUCUGCAGAGGAGGCGAGUGCGCAAGCUGCGGGUCGUCUGGGCUUCUCUGGCCCUGGUGGCUCUGUCUCUGGCCGCAUGCAGCGCGCUGUUCACGGCUUGGACUUGGCGACAGACGCGGGACCUGUCCCAGUCCUUUAAGAUCCUGCAGGACCGAAUGGAGCAGGUCAAUACACAGAGGAAGGCCAUUGUUCAGCUCAUUCUGGAGAAGAGAGAGCUGCUGGUGGGGCAGAGAGUGAAGAGAGACGGGGGAGCGCUGCGAGGGAGGAAUGGAAGUGGAAAGAAAGCAGCGUCUCAUUUUGAGAUAACCAAAGUCUCCUCUCAGCAAGUUGGAGAGGGAGGCGUGAUAAAGGGUUGGGAAGAGAGGACGUUGAAUAUGAGUAAAGCAGUGAGGUACAACAAGGAACAAGGCACCUUCACUGUGGAGAGAGCGGGCGUCUACUUCCUGUUCUGUCAGGUGUUGUUCAAUGAGCAGCAGUCUCAGUAUGUGAAGCUGGAUGUGGUGACCAGCGGCCAGAGGCCUCAGAAGCUGCAGUGCAUGGAGGGUUACGGGACGACCCCCUCCGCCGGGCCGCACCCUUUCCACUUCCUGAAGCCCUGCCAGGUGUCCGGCCUCCUGCGACUGGACAAAGGCACGGAGCUGCAGGCCAUCACAGGCUCGUCCUUCAGACUCCACAAUCUGGGCAACCCGUCAGCCUCGCCUCACAUCUUCAGCAUCUUUAAAGUCAACUGAAGCGUGGAUCCUUUUAACGCAAACUCAUCUGAGAACAUCAAAACUUUUUGUGUGUCUGGAUGAGAUCUUUUUUCUAUACGGUUAAACAGUCAUAAGCAGUCGGGGCAUCACAUCUGGCCAUAGCUGCUUCCCAAAGACGUUAAUUUGAAAGACAAACCUGACAUUUGUGGAAGUUGUUGUGGAAUUUUUUCUCUGGACAGCAGCGCUGUUUUGGAACGCAAAACACAGACUUUUGGAUUUAAACCAAGACCCGAAGUGGACGAAAUGCCUCGAUGAACGUCUGCCGAGAGAACAGAUGUGAUGGAAGCUGUUUUGUAGAUAAAGGGCUUCAUAUAAAAAGAAAAAUACUUGGAUGUUCAUUUUAGCCUUCGUAUCCUGUAAUAAAUUGUGCUUACACUCUCUUUAUAAGACUGACAGUAAAGCUGUGCAUGCACCUUCCACUUUUAUAUCGCCAGUGCCUCGAGGAGCUGAGAGCACGUCCGCAAGCGUCCAAUCUAGACACUAUAAAUGGCCGUCAUGAGCUGUCAGUGAUAUUUUAUACGUCUGUGUGUGAAUCUGAUGAAUCAAACAGUUCUUGUUUAUACUGAUUUUAUGAUCUUUACAAUGCAAUGUGUGUCUGAGUGUGAAAUUAAGUCUUUUUUUAAAACUUUGUAUAUACGUCACACAUAUUUUACUCUGCGCAUAUCAAGUCAGAAGCUGGCAAAAAAAGGGGACAUUUUAAAUAACAUGGAUGUGAAUUUGUGCUCUUUCUUCUAAGGUCAGAUUUGACUGUAAGGUAUUUGUAUGUAUAGUACUGGCUUGACUUUUGGAAAGUACUUGCAAGUUUCAGUAAGCAAAGCAAACAGGUAUAAAUACAGUGGUGUCUCUCUUUUCUGCCUUUUUUAUUGGUUUAAUGGAUCGUCAGAUAAUUGUUAAUUUAGUAUUAAGAGCUGGUCUUUAAAAAGUACUGGAAAUUCCCUCAUUCGUCCAAAGCUAUAGUGAAAGUAAGGGUGCUUUCACACCUGCCCUGUUUGGUUCAGUCCAAUUGAAUUGAAGUUCGUUUGUCGCCUAAGCGUGGUCCGUUUGGGCAGGUGUGAACACAGCAAUUGCACUUGGGUGUGCGCCAAAACAACCGGACCAAGACCUUCUUGAAGAGGUGGUCUCGGUCCGCUUACAAAUGAACUCUGGUGUGGUUCUUUUGUGGUGAGAACAUGUUCCGACCUCGAGCCGAGGUACUGCCUUAAUAUGCACAUUCAGCACAUCCAAUGCAUCACAACAUUGUUUUCUAGUUGGAGCCGCGCCUCGUUUUCAAACUGUAUGGUCUGACUAAAAUGAACAAUGACAGCAAUAUAGUCCACGAUGAGCAGCGCUAAAAUCAACCUGUGUAGUUGUCCCUCCAUUGUGACAUUAGAAAGUGUCACAUUUAUCUUGCAAGUGUACUCUUCUUCAACAUUUUGUUUACUUCCAUGGAAAUUCUGACCAAUCAAGAGCAGCUUUCUUACGCAAGGUAUUUUAUCUGGUCCGCUCGUAAAUGCUGCCGUGAGAACACGAACCAACUCUAGGCAAUUAUACAACUUUGUAACAAAUUAAGUCCCUGAUUUGGGCCAAAGCAAGACAACUCUAGGUCUGAAAGCACCCUUAAAGUUGAUUUUAAAUAUUACAAAGAUUUUGUUUGUUUUUUUUAAAAAAAAGAACAUUAUCCAGAACAAAAAGUCUUAAUAUUAGUGUUAGUAGUAUGGCUUGGUAAUAUAUCGAUACUGUGAUAUGAGACUUGUGGCAGUCGGUGUUACAGUGUUUGAGGCAUACACCGAUUACAUUACUCGCCCACUGCCGCCACCAUUUCAUUUUUUUUUUUUUACUAAACGACAGAUACUACUUAACUGAAAGUGUUUUCUCAGUACAGCAGAGUUGCAGCUCACUUAUCGUUACGAGAGUAAGAAGAGUUGACGGACAAGAUGAUGGUGGAGGAUUUGGUGUCAAAGCAACAAGCAGAAACGCCUCUUUGGCAAUAUUUGAGAUGUAAACCCUAUCUUAAUUGGGAAUCUGAUAACAUUACUGAUGGAAACGGAGUUCAUUACAUCCAUUGAUGUAUAUAGAGAACUGGAUAUAGCAUCAGAGGUGGACCUUGGCACAUGACGAGUUUGACUUCCUGGAUCUUCUGCAACCUUUGGCAAUCGAGUAAGCGCACUAGAAACUUCGGCUGGCCGAGCUGCUAACUUCCAGUUUAGCCUUCUGCUAGCUUGAUGUGGCUCUUCUAGACUUUUGAAAAGUUAUUGGAUCAAAUUCCAAUAGUGAAACAAUAUUCGCAGGGGUAAAAUGUGAUGACUUACAGACGAUAUAAGUUUCACAAUAUAAGUCUACGUAAAAAAAAGUCUUUUGGGCUCAGUGGCAUCACAUGACAGACUUGCAAUUACAGACUUGCAAUUACACGGUUUGGCCGCUAUGUCCAAUUAUCUUGAAUGCCCGGCGCACUUAGCAGAAGAAGAUAUACUUAAUGAAUCCAAGAUUAAUCCCAAUUUUUUUCACUCUGUUGUCAUAUACAUACGUGCCUGAAAUACACACACAUGCACGAACAGGACCUAUACAUGCAUCAGACAAAGAGAUGUCAGCGUUAGGGGGCUGCUAAUAGACAAGCACCCCGGGCAGUUGGGAGUUUGGUGCCUGCAGUGCCCAGGAGGCAGGCUGGCACCUCUCCAGCUACCAGUCCACACUCCAUAUUUGGUCCAGACGGGUACUUGAACCAGUGACUCUGGUUCCCAACCCAAGUCCCUAUGGACUGACCUACUGCCACCCUUUCCUGUAGGGCCUGGUGGCAUCCCAGAUGUCGUCUUAGGUUUUGGAUGUCAUAAUAUCGUCAAUGUUGUCUUUUCCUAGUUUUUAAGAGUGCAUUACAGUAAAGUGAUGUCAUUUCCUGAACUUACCAGACUAUUCUAGCUUUUCUAUUGUUUGCCUUUACCCACUAACUCAUUACAUCCACAUUUCUGAUGAUUAUUUAUCAAAAAUGUCACUGUGAAAGCACCAAAACUUAACGCUACAUUACUGUCAAACUAUCGAUAAAGGUAUUUAGUCAAAAAUAUCAUGAUAUGUGAUUUCCUCCAUAUCGCCUGGCCCUUAUUUUACCAGUAUAAAGAAGAGUGUUAAUAUAAGCCAGUAACAAAACAAGAGCAGCAGUCUGAUGUACAAUACUGACACUAAUUUACACAAAUAAUUUACAGUCUAUGCUCACAAUGACAACAGUAACACGCUGAUGGUUAGCAGGUGUUAUGUUUACCACGUUCACCACCUUAUUUUAGCAUGCUAAAAUGUUGCUAGUUAGCAUUAAACACAAAGUACAGCUGAAGCAGAUGGGAGUGUUUGGUUUUGAAGGUGUUUGGCCAUGAACCAAAAGACUGGAGAGAUAAAAGUAUAUUUAGUAUGUUUUUGCCCUUGAAUGACUCGAAUUAGUUUCUAAUUUAGAAGUGAAACAUUUGUCCUGACCUAUGAACAGCUCUGAAAAACAUGGAAAAGAUCCAACCUGCACCCAUGAAUCUGGAAAAUGACUCCAUUUAUCUAAAUUAUACAUCAUGAUAGUCUCGCAGACAGUAACUCAGAAGUUCUGGUUUUAUAAUUUGGGAAGUUUAAGAGUUUAAAAUCCAAGUUAAACCCAAGAUUCAUCGUAUAAAGUGACUGGCUUUUUGUUCUGAAAGGUUUCUCAGUCACGUUGCAACUUUCUGUCACUUUAUUUUUAUCUCUUUUUCGAAAUGACACUCCAUCUUCCAUUCUCUCAUAUGCUGCUGCUGCUUUCUGUAAUAUUCCCCGCUACAAUACAAACAGUGUGUAUUUCUAGCAGUGGGUUCAGCACUCCCACUCUUGUUUAUAAGUAGUUUUUGUGGACGGACCGCAGUGGUUUCUCCUCAGCACUUUACUGCAGCGAACGUAGUGUUUUUAAUUGGAGCCAAACAUUCAUGUUUUCAGAUGGAAAAAUGUUAGAUUUUGAGGUGUAGAUGUUAUAUCCUGUUUGAUUUCCUCAUCGUUUUCCUCUUCCCUUUUGUGUCUCAGUCAUCCCCCCCACCCCCACACACCCCCUCACACCCCCGUGCACCUCAUAUUUCCCUGUCAGCACCGAUCAGACCGCACACACACACACACACACACACUGAGUCCCCUGAGUGUCCUCUGCACACACACCAGAAGCCAUCUAAAUUUUCACUUCCUGAAUUUGAACCUGAACCACAUAGCUGAAGGUCUUUGAGGAAAAACAUGCCUCGUCCCUCCACACAGACACACACACCCACACACACACACACUUCCCUGCCCCGAUUCCUAUAUUUCGAAAUGUCAAAGUUUAUUACCACCUCGGAAAAUCUUGUGAAGUCUUGUGAAGAAGCUCUCUGUAAAGUGAUGAUGUAUGCAACGCCUGGACGUUUCUUUUUUAUUAUUUCUCCUGAACUCACUCAUCAUAAAUGUUAAAUAAA